UUGGCCUUCAGAUUUCAGGUUGGAUGAAUGAGAAAUGCGUCUCUGAAAAGGAAGACAAUACUCUCUCAGUUGGGGAUGAAAUCAAUCUGAACAAAAUAAGAACGGACGAUGGUCAUCGAAGUCGCAGAGGAGAGAAAACAGCCCUGGCCCAAGGAGUCAGUGGCUUCAUUGCCGGAUGCACUAAUGUAUUAAUCACCUUCCCCAUUAAUAAAGCGAUGUUACGGCAGCAGUUAUCCGGUCACCUCACAAAAAAAGUGAUCAGUGAAAUGAAGAAAGAGGGCUGCGCGUAUCUCUAUAGAGGUCUAGGUCCGGUUUUGCUACAAAAGACAGUCGCGUCAUCCCUUAUGUUCGGAGGUUACGGGUACUUCGGUAAUUUGAUCGAAGCCAGAAACCCUGCUCCAAAUCUCCUCUCGAACCGUCACAGACGUAGUUUUGCAGCGGGUGGAUUAUCAGGUGCAUUUGAAGCAGUUUUAACCCCAUUUGAGAGAAUUCAAGCGUUGAUGAUAGAUUCAAAAAGGCAUGUGCAGUUUAAAAAUUCAGUUGAAGCCUUUGCCUAUGUGAGAAAAAUGGGCUUGAAGGAAAUGUACCGAGGGUAUACGUGUAUUCUGGUCAGGAACUCAGUGUCAUCUGCAAUAUGGUUUUCAACCAGGACUAAAUUAAAAGAGAAAGCAGUACUGUCGUCCGACAAAAGAUUCAAGAGAACAAAGAGCGAAAAUCUUCUGAUAGAUUUCUGUACUGGUUCUUUGAUCGGAGCAACACUCUCGACUGUAUUUUACCCUAUAGCUGUGGCCAAAAUGAACAUGAUGGCCCCAGUAGGUGCUAACAAACCUUUCCUCUCAAUCUAUGGGGCACUGAGACUAGCCUACGAGCAGAGAGGCAGUUCACUUGUCAGGCUCUACACUGGGGCUUACAUGAACUUCCCUAGAUCCCUCAUCAGUUGGGGAAUUAUAAAUGCUGUUUAUGAAUUGUCGCUUGAAAACUUGUUUGAUCAUAACCAUAGAAGAUAGUUGUGGUGCUUCA